AUGAACUUGGGCACAUUUUUGUUUCUUCUUCUGCAAGCAGGAUAUCAAGUCAAUGGUCAAAUAAAUUCUAACAAUGCCUAUUGUCCUAGUUUCGCUCCAAAUAAAAUUCAGUGUAAUAAUGAUCACCAAGUUCCAGGGCUACCAGCUUUAUCUAUGACUGUUCUUUCUAACUUUCACACUCUGAAUAAAUCUCUCCUGUGUGGGCAAACACCGAAGGCACAAUUUAAAGAAGCAGCACGCUGUUUAUUCAAAUCGUACAGUCAUUGUGGAGAUAAUGAUUUUAAAGGUCUGGUCACCAAAAUUUCGAAAUUCGAAGAAGCAGUGGAUUUGGUUUGUUCUAGGAGUGAUUUAGUUGAUCACUAUGCUAGCUGUAUCGGCGACUCCGUAAUUGAUUGCAUCAGAAAUAGAGAAGCGAGAGAGAAAUUGACUACAUCCGACGUGCCUAGUAGAGAUGAACAGUUUAACGAAUUUGUUCAUUUUUAUUGCAGGAAACGUGAGAUCGAGGAAGAGUGUAUUUUUGAUGACGAAGAUGUGGAUGCAUGUUCAAGUUCAAGUACUGUCCCAACAUUUAGAGAGUUACGACUGUUGAUGAAGCCACCAGCCUGUUCUUCUUCCGGAUUGAUGUCAUCUAUAACAGUAGUUAUCUUCUAUGCCCUUGUUGGUCUAUGUGUGCAUUGA